GCAAGCGCGAAGGGCCCAUCGGCGGCGAGAGCGACUCGGAGGAGGUGCGCAACAUCCGCUGCCUCACGCCCACGCGCUCCUUCUACCCGGCGCCCGGGCCUUGGCCCAAGAGCUUCUCCGAUCGGCAGCAGAUGAAGGACAUCCGGUCGGAGGCCGAGCGCCUGGGCAAGACCAUCGACCGGCUCAUCGCCGACACGAGCACCAUCAUCACCGAGGCGCGCAUCUACGUGGCCAACGGGGACCUGUUCGGACUCAUGGACGAGGAGGACGACGGCAGCCGCAUCCGUGAGCACGAGCUGCUCUACCGUAUCAACGCGCAGAUGAAGGCCUUCCGCAAGGAGCUGCAGACCUUCAUCGACCGCCUCGAGGUGCCCAAGUCUGCGGACGACCGCGGCGCCGAGGAGCCCAUUUCCAUGUUCCAGCCUAUCAUUUUACUUAUUCUCAUUCUUGUAUUAUUUUCAUCACUUUCUUACACAACAAUAUUUAAACUUGUCUUCCUUUUUACACUGUUUUUUGUACUGUAAAUUUUUCACCAUCUACCAUUCAUUGUAGUAUUUUCAGUUUGUUUAUUUUGUUCACCCUUCAAGACAAGAAGUAAAAGAAGUAUAAUUUCUGUAGUAACCAAUGCUAUAAAAACACUGAAGACUGCUUAUUUCUUUAAAAAGACACAACUCAUCUUACCACGACCAAAUUCAAUAAGAAGCCCAAGCACUAAAAUAUUUCAGGCUUUAUUUUAAAGGCAAGUGAGACUGCUUCAAAUAAAACAACUUCAAGCUUCCAAGAAACAGUUAAGAGGAGGCAGAGAAGAGCAGAAACACUUCUUCACCGACACUUACACUGUUGCCAUGGACCUACAUAAGCAGUGGGAGAACACAGAGACUAACUGGCAUAAGGAAAAGAUGGAAUUACUGGACCAAUUUGACAAUGAAAGAAAGGAAUGGGAAAGUCAAUGGAAGAUUAUGCAGAAGAAAAUAGAAGAGCUUUGCCAGGAAGUAAAGCUUCGGAGGGAAAUCAAUAUGAAUGAACGUGCUAAGAUCAUUGAUCUUUACCAUGAGAAGACCAUUCCAGACAAAAUGAUAGAAUCUUCCCCAAAUUACCCCGAUUUAGGACAAUGUGAAUUUAUAAGGACAAAUCACGAAGAUGGUCUGAGAAAAGAAAAUAAAACAGAGCAGAGCUUAGUCAGUGGAGGAAAUCAAAUGUGUAAGGAACAAAAAGCAACAAAAAAAUCAGAAGUAGGGUUUUUGGAUCCUCUGGCUACAGACAACCAAAAGGAAUGUGAGGCCUGGCCUGUCCUGAGGACUUCUGAGGAAGAGAGUAAGAGCUGUUCUGGCGCCCUCAAUACAGCUCUUGAAGAACUUGCGAAGGUUAGUGAAGAAUUAUGCAGCUUUCAAGAGGAAAUUCGAAAGCGGUCUAACCAUAGAAGGAUGAAGUCAGAUUCUUUUCUCCAGGAAAUGCCAAAUGUAACUGAUAUACCUCAUGGGGACCCCAUGAUCAACAAUGACCCGUGCAUUCUUCCAAGUAGUUUAGAAAAAGAAAAACAGAAAAAUAGGAAGAAUCUGAGCCGUACCAAUAUGCUCCAGAGCAAUUCUGCGAAAAAAUGUGGAAUUGAUACAAUCGAUUUGAAAAGAAAUGAAACUCCACCAGUUCCUCCUCCAAGAAGCACCUCUAGAAAUAUUCCCAGCUCAGAUUCUGAACAAGCCUAUGAAAGAUGGAAGGAAAGGUUAGACCACAACAGCUGGGUGCCCCAUGAGGGUCAAAGUGAAAGGAAUUACAACCCUCACUUCCCUUUGAGACAACAUGAGAUGUCUAUUUUGUAUCCAAAUGAAGGGAAAACUUUGAAAGAUGGUAUCAUCUUUUCCUCUUUGGUACCAGAAGUCAAAAUAGAUAGCAAGCCUCCAAGUAAUGAGGAUGUCGGACUUAGCAUGUGGUCAUAUGACAUUGGGAUAGGUGCAAAAAGGAGCCCCUCUACUUCAUGGUUUCAGAAAACCUGCUCUACCCCCAGUAAUCCAAAAUAUGAAAUGGUGAUCCCAGAUCACCCUGCUAAAUCUCAUCCCGAUCUUCAUGUAAGUAAUGACUCUAACUCCUCAGUGGCAGACAGCAGUAGCCCACUUAGAAACUUCAGCUGUGGCUUUGAAAGGACUACAAGGAACAAGAAGCUGGCAGCAAAGACUGAUGAAUUUAACAGAACUGUAUUUAGAACAGAUAGAAAUUGUCAGGCAAUACAGCAAAAUCAAAGCUGCUCAGAAUUAUCGGAGGAUCUCAAGCCCUGUGAUACUUCAUCUGCUCACACAGGUAGCAUAUCACAAAGUAAUGAUGUGUCUGGUAUUUGGAAAACCAAUGCCCACAUGCCUGUGCCCAUGGAAAAUGUGCCUGAUAAUCCCACCAAGAAAUCCACAACAGGCCUAGUAAGACAAAUGCAGGGACACCUAAGUCCUCGCAGUUAUCGGAAUAUGCUCCACGAGCAUGACUGGAGACCGAGUAAUUUGUCUGGCCGUCCAAGGUCAGCUGAUCCCAGGUCAAAUUAUGGUGUUGUGGAAAAGCUGCUGAAAACCUAUGAGACAGCAACAGAGUCUGCACUGCAAAAUUCUACGUGCUUCCGGGAUAACUGGACCAAAUGUAAUUCUGAUGUCAGUGGUGGUGCCACAUUAAGUCAGCAUUUAGAAAUGCUCCAAAUGGAACAAGAGUUUCAGCAAAAGACAGCUGUGUGGGGGGGACAGGAAGUGAAGCAAGGAAUAGAUCGGAAAAAGGUAACAGAGGAAUCCAUAUCAGUGAACGCCUCACAUGGAAAAGGAUUUUCCCGACCUGCUAGACCAGCAAAUCGUCGUCUCCCCUCCAGAUGGGCAUCCAGAUCUCCAUCUGCACCCCCUGCGUUGCGAAGAUCUACCCACAACUAUACCAUUUCUCUGCGAUCCGAAGCAUCAAUGGCUUAAGUCUUUGGCCUGGACUGCUAUAUUGCAGAAGUUCUAGUCCACUUGUCAAACAGAGCAUUCUGAGCGUUUACAGGCAGACCUGUUCUCUUCCGACAAGCAAUUUAAAUCUUAACUUUCCAUCAGUCUUCAGUGUUUUUAAUCUAAGGAAUAAUUAUCUUCCUGUAUUUUGAUUUCUUAGGUCAGAAUUUUUUAAUACCAUCCUCAUUAAUUUUCCAAUAUGAUAUAAGUUGAAACAAUGUACAAUAUUGUAUAUUCUUUCUUGCAAGUGGCAGAAAGUAAGGUUAUGUGCAUGGCCAUGUGUUUGUAGGUGCAUGUGUUGAAAUAGGAAGUAUCCUAGUAUGUAUUUAGAUAGGAAAAACUUAUGUGCUAGUGUUGACUUUGAAAUUAUAACAUGUAUACCUAUAUAUUCUUUGUGUUUAUUUAAAGGUUUUGAAAAUAUACAGUACUGUUUAUAUUUUGUAUACCUUUUAAUAGGUAUCCACUUAAGGCAUUUGCAGUACAAAUAUUAAUUAACUACUUCCUUGGCCCCCAGCUACAUUGAAAAAGAAGAAUUAUGCACACAUCUAACAUUGGUAGAUUAUGGCACACAUAAAACCAUAUGAGGAUAAAAUAAUACCAUUGAUAUCCUUGUUUAUUCUUUUUAAAUAAAAAUGUCACAAGUUUAAUAGAUCAGCCUUGUAAAGCAAGCAUAAAAUGUUCAUAAAGUUUUAUAUAUUAUUUGGUAGUCUAGUAUGGCUUUAACUGAAUAUUUGAUCCUUAGAGACAGUAUCAUGAGACUGCAUUAUAAAUGACAUGACUAAAUAAUGAAUUUAUUUUGUCAGCCUCAGUGACAAACAUUUCCUAAAUGGGAUGCAAAAAGAAACUGAAUUAUGUUGAAUUUUAGUUUUUCUUAAAGUUGUGGUAAGCUUUUAGUUUAGCUGCUUUAACAUGGAGUCAUACAUACUUAGAGGUAAGUCAUUUAUUAUUUUCUUCUUUUUUCUAAACUUUUCCUUAAAAUUAAUAGAUAACAAACUAAUAAUUUACUUUUUUACUAACAAGGAAGAUCAGGAAUAAUAUUUCAUUGAGAGCUGAAUUAUACUUCUCAUAAUUUGCUACAAAAAAAGGCUUAAACUAAACCUUGACAUCCACAGUAGCAUCAGGAAUAGAAAUGUAUAUUUUGGCUACAGUUUGCAUACAGCGAACACAUAAAAUCUAUAUUGAAAACUGACAGAAAUAUGAAUGUUGAGGGGCUUGGAAUUCUAAAUGGAAGAUUUUAGAAGGAACUUUGCUCUCUACUGUCACUAUGUAAAACCAAUUAUGUUAUGUUAUUAGAUAUUAAUUCUAUUUAAGCUUUUCUUUUACUAAGAACUUCUUAUGCCAAACGUAUUCCAAGAGCCAUCUCCUUAUGAUGUAUUCAAACCAUUUAGAGAAAUUCACUUCGUUGUACCCCAUGACCUGAGGUAAAGAAAAUAAUUUUCAAAUUGCAGACUUCCUUGAAAGGCUCAAGACUGUAGCAUGGUGAUGUCUAGAUUCAUACUUUACUGUAAGGACAGUUUCGGAACUUAAAUGGAAUUAAAGAUCUAGAGUGAUUUGGAUUGGAUGAUAACUAAGGUCUAUAAAUCUACUCUUUUAAUUCUUAUUUCCUUCAGGAAGAUCCUUUUCCACAGGAGUAUCAAAGAAAAGUAAACUAGACACCAAGUAAUAUCACUCUUAUAAUAUGCUUUCCAGCUAGAGGGGAGAAAACACCAGGAAAGUGGAACCCUGGGUCAUAAAAUGACGGACGUGUUAGGAAAAUGCUGUUGUGUGACAGUGGAGAGCCUGCCCAAGGACUGUGCAACCUAUCUGUUCCUCUCCACCACUGUUUCCUAAGUAGUCUGGUAUGAUCUGUGUUUCCUUAGGAUAUUGAGGAUCUCUUUUAAAAAAUGAAAUUUCUGAUCUCACCCCAUAAUUACUAAAGCAAAAUUUCCAGGGGUAGGAAUGGGGACUCCAGAGCCAUUAAUAAAAUAAAACAAAACAAAGCAAAAUAUUGAUGAUCAGGCAGAUUUGAAAACAGUGACAUUGAUUGAUCUCUGAAUGGAUGGAUGCCCUUGAAUGAUCACUUUUCUUCCUAGGACUUGCCUUUGUUAUCUGUAAAUUAGAAUGGCUAUACUUUCAGGCUUCACAAUUUUAAGCCACUUUUUUCUACUAACAGUUGAAUGAACCAGUGGGACACAUUUUAACAUCUUUUUAUGUUGACUAAAGUUAUAGUUAGAGCUGAGAAAAAAAAAAUAGCAUCUAGUCCAACUCGUUGAUUGUAAAACUGAAUUAAGAUCAUUUGAAUGUUCUGUUUUCUCUUUUUAAAUAUUUUAUAAUUUUUAAAUAGAAAAACCUGUUGGGUAAAUGGAAAUAAUCUUUGAAAAUAUUUUUUGAUGUUUUGUGAUUUUUAACUGGUAACUUUCUACUUUAGGUGGGCAUUUUCUUCCCUAGAAUAUACCCUUUAUUAUGCUAUCAUUGCUAGAUUUAAAGGGGCUUCUAAGCAUUUCUGGAAAUAUUUGAUUUAAAAACAUAUAUUAAUAGAUGUUUUCCCUAGCAGACUUUUGAAGCAAAAAUAUUAUUUUAGUUCAGCAGAGGAUUACUGAUAUUAUGGGCUGAUCUCAGAAAGGAAUAAGAAUGAGGCAGAGAGGAGUACUUGAGUUUCUGUGUGUGUUUGUGUGUGCGAGUGUGUGUUUGUGUUUGUGUGUCACAUAAGUUCUCCAUAUUGCCUUAUGUCCCAAAGCCAAAUAUAAAAAUAUAAAUGAUGCUUUGUGUAAUUCAUUUUAUCAAAAAUUACCCAUAACUUUCAUUUGUUUUUAUAUCGACAAUGAAGAUGAUAAUAUUUCAUUUUGCAGAUGUGGCCAUAAAAUAUUAUUUAUUUCUACAUAGGUGAUUUUACCAGAUUUAGUUAUCUUGAGAAAACAUCUGGACUUCAAAGAGUUUCUGCUUCCCUACAAAGAUCUUUAAAAUUAUUUUUAGGCACAUUUGUGAUAAACAAUUACUUGAUAUUGAAAUCUCCUUCAGCCAUUAGAAGCUAUCAAAUAAAGUAGGCA